AAUGCAUAGCGUGGAGCAUAUAUUAGUGCAAAAGAACUACAGCAAGUGUCCUUUGAAGAAGCGUCCGGUCAACUAUCAGUUCGAAGCGGAGCCUGAGGAUUUGUGUCUGAAGAAAAACAACAACAAUGAGCUGGCAACAGUGGUGGCCACAGUGACUGCCAACAGCUCGGAGGAGGAGCUGAUCAAUGUCAGCGAUUGCUGCGAGGAUGAAGGCGUCGAUGUGGAUCAUACAGAUGAUGAGCAUAUAGAGCCAGAGGAUGAUGACGAUGUCGACUGCGUUAAUGUGGAGCCGGACAGCAAACAAACACAAGCGGCUGCCUUAGCUGCAGCUGCUGCUGUCGCUGCUGCCUCAGCGGCUGCUGUAGCUGCUGCUGCCGUCGUGGUGCCCACACCCACAUAUCCCAAGUAUGGCCUACAGCCAUGGAACUUCCACAUGUCACCCUACACCGCUGAGUUCUAUCGCACCAUCAACCAGCAGCCGCAUCUAGCAGCAGCGCCACUGCGCGCCGAUCUGUUGUCGCCGAGCUCGCCAUCGGAUUCGUUGGGCUCGCUGUCGCCGCCUCCGCAUCAUUAUCUGCAUGGACGCGCCAGCUCAGUGUCGCCGCCCAUGCGCGCCGAAAUGAUCCACAGACCAACGCAACGCUUUAUGCCCUACAGCUAUGCAGCUGCUUAUCCAGCGCUGAGCUAUGCGCCACAUCAUCAUCAACAGCAUCAGCAGCAGCAGGCGCCGCCACAGCCGCCAGCACAACAUGCGCCCAUUUCGCCCGCAUACUCGGACAGCAGCUACUACUCCAUGCGCAGUCUGACGCCCGAGUCCAGCUGCUGCUCCGUGCCUGAAGAUCUGUCGCUGAAGCAUAAGCAAGCUGUGGAGCAGCUUAGCCCUAGCUUAACCGCCUCCAGCGUCAGCUCGCCCAGCAAAAAGGACAAAGGAUCAGCGCCGCCGCGCUAUCAGUGCCCCGACUGUCAGAAGUCCUAUUCGACCUUCUCCGGUCUGACCAAGCAUCAGCAGUUCCACUGUCCUGCCGCCGAGGGCAAUCAAGUGAAGAAGUCCUUCAGCUGCAAGGACUGCGACAAGACCUACGUCUCGCUAGGCGCGCUCAAGAUGCACAUACGCACCCACACGCUGCCCUGCAAGUGCAACAUGUGUGGCAAAGCCUUCAGCCGGCCCUGGCUGCUGCAAGGACACAUACGCACACACACAGGCGAGAAGCCCUUCAGCUGCCAGCAUUGCCAUCGCGCCUUUGCGGAUCGCUCCAAUCUGCGUGCGCAUCUGCAAACGCAUUCGGACAUUAAGAAAUAUUCCUGUGGCAAUUGUGCCAAAACCUUUUCACGCAUGUCCUUGCUCACCAAGCACAACGAAGGCGGCUGCGCUGGCGGCAGCAGCAGCAGCAGCAAUGGCGCCAGUUCCAGUUCCAGUGCGGCAAGCUCCAACUCUGAGCUAUCCUAUGGCAGCUAUGCAGAGCCCUAAGUGGCCACCAAGCUAUCAAAAAAAUUAAAACGUUGUACACAAGCCAUGUUCCACCAAAAAUUAGUUCCUAGCUCGAGAGUAAGCGCAUAAAACGGCAGCUAAACACACACACACACACACACACACCAACACACACACACACCCAGUGCAUAAUUUUUUAUUUUUAUAAACUAUUAUUUUUUUA